UGCAUGGUUUCUUAUAUUUUCGGUCGCCCCUGUUAAUUUGACCGCGCCCACCCGACCGUCGAAUUCACGGAAGCAGCACAUCACAUCUGCACCUUCGCAAACCUCACCCGUUAUUGUUCUGUGUGCGUGCCUGUGUGCAAAACUUAACACCGUCCCCCCCAGGCCAUGCCCCCGUUAACGCGAGGAUCACGCCGAGACGUCGUCCUCCGUCAAUCAUCGUUGUCGGUGGUACUCGUUGAUGAGGCGUCACCGCCCGUCAACGACGGCUCGCGAAACCUUUGAGAGGCGCCGUCUCAGUGUUUGACGCGUCCGCCGCGUAGUCCCCCCCCUAUCAUUCGUGCAUUCCCGAACUUUAUUUUUUCGCCAUGGAUCAGACAGAGAAGAACGUUCAGACGUUGUACAGCAUGGGAUUCGUGGACAUCGAAGAGAUCAGGAACGCGCUUCGCAUCAGCCACAACGACCUGAGCGAGGCCGUGGCCAUCCUGACCAACGAUCAGGUACGGUACGGACCGUACACGAGCGCCGGCACGUCCGAAGACGUCGAGAUGAAAGACGUCACGUCGACGGCUCUCGUGCCCACCGCAGCCCCGCCUCCCUACAAUUCGCUGCCGGACGCCAAGCCAUGCUCUCCCAAGCCGGACUAUGGAAACCCAGCGUUUCCUCAGACGAACCUGUACGAGCUGGAACAGCGGGUCUUUGUGGACCAGUGGUCCAUCCCAUACAAGAAGGACGAGUCGCUCGCCAAGUGCCUCAUUGCAGCUACUAACCUGGCCAAAGAAGGGCAAUGUGAAUCAAACUCUGAUUGUAGGAACUUCAUGGAGUCAUGCAUGCCUGAAUGCUUUCGCAAGCUCCUAACAGCACUUGCAGUCCGUAACUGGGCGCCAGAUGUCCAGGAAGGUGUUUAUAACAUGCUCAUGCUACUUAUUGACCUGACUGUUGAACGGCUCAGUUACAACCCCAUCCCGGAGAAGCUUCUCUCCAAUGUGCUCACAAUGGCCUUUGAUCCAGAGGCCGAGUUUCAUAUCAAGAACAAAAGCCGGCAAAGCACCCUUGAGCAAGGGCUUGUGGUCUAUGCAAAAUCGAGGGGAUCCCUGGAUCCUUAUGGCUGGCUUCUAGAUGUUAUCAACAAGUUUGGGAGUCGUGGUGGCUUCGACAAAAUAUUGGCCAAAUUUGGAGAAAACCUUACUGCAAAUGAGAUGGCUGCCCUGCUGAAUCCUCUGGCUGUGUGUGCCCAGUUCCUGAACCCAGACACAACGUGCACACUUCUUUCACCCUGCAUGAGCAAGGCCAUCAGCUACAUCAAGGGUCUCACGGAUGACGACCUCAAAAACAAGGCAGGGAACAUUGGUUCGGUGACCGAGCUCCUGAAGGCGGUGAAGAUGCUAUGCGUCUACCUGUGGCCGCAGGAGAUAGCAAGCACAAGCACUCUGUGCCUCGACGUCAUCCUGCGCAUGCUCAAGUGCUCGCACUUCAAUGCUCGCAUGAAUGGCCUCAAGGAGUUGAUCAAGCUCAUCGACGACUGCUCAACAACAGGCACUUCAUCAAAAGCAGCCAUUGAUGCUGAGCAGCUGCAGAAUUGGAUGGCAGAAAACAAUGUCCUGUCCAUCACACUGGAAAGCAACAUAGAUCAAGCUCAAUACAUGGACAAGAUAAAGAGUAUAAUUGAGUUCAUUGGGCAGCGGCUUUCUCUUGAGGAACUGACAAAGAUCUGGUCCAUGCAGGAUCGGCAGAACUGUCAGGUGGUGGACAACAUUCACGGCAUCAUGGCAGCUGCUUCCACAAAGUUCAGCCAGCAGCAGUUUGACCACCUGAUCGCCCUCAUUGGCAAGUUGGUCGGAAGCAACGGUAGUGCUGGUGCGCGCAACCCUCGUGCCAGCAGUGCAAGGCAGAAUGCCGUCCUGGCUCCGCUGCUCAAGCCCAUGGAACAGCUUAUGUGCGUCCUGCCGGUGACCAGCAGCCGUCACCUUCCCGAACCGCUGGCUGACCUCAUGGAGGGCCCGAAGUCACCUAUCAUUGAUUUUUAUCCAAAGAACUUCAACAUCGACCCCAAUGGCCACAAGUUUAACCGCCAAGCCGACCGCAACACUGAAGGCGAUGUCCUCCUGUACGUGAGGGAAGGACAACCCGGCUACGACUACUUCACGGAUCUGUACGACACCCACGAUGACUACGAUGAGGUACGCUAG